GAUUGAUGAAUUUUUGAAAAAUCCAUUCAUAUUUGUAGACAAUACAGGUAAAUGUAAGGAACUCAGUGAAAUUGAAUAUGCAAUGACUAUGACUGCACCAAUAAUGAAAAGUAUAUUCAGUGAUGUCUUGGAUCGUCUGAAACUUCACUGGGGAGAAACGAUGUCUUAUGUCAUGUCUGAUUGUUGUCGAAAAAUUGAUUUGAGGUUUGUUCAUAAAGCCAAAGGACUUGAACUCAGCCAUUCUGAAUGCGCAAAAGUUCCUACGCCUGCAAAAGCUGUACAUGAUCGUUCAAAAUUUUUACAAACAUUGAAAGGUGUUCUUGAUAAUUUGUUGAAAGAAGAUUUAUCAGAUGAUGAAGUUCAGAAUUCAAAAAUAUUAGGAAAUCAAAGAAUUGAAAGAUCAUUUCAACAUGAUGUGUUUUCAUCAAUAGAAAGAAAAUUAUUUUGA